ACUCGCUGCUUCCCAUUCCCAGGCACGGAGACCAAACAUGGCGGAGUAAAAGCAGCGAUUAAGGCGCUUAGACGUAGCUGGCAAAUCCCGGGAAUCCUGCUCACACUGCGCUGCGAGGGACCAAAGCAAACAGGCCCGCGGUUUGUGAAGAAGUGCGGCGGGGCUUGGAUGCUCUGCGGGGCAUCAGGCGAUCCUUUUAUUAGGGUUGCGUUUUAGCGCCCCGCUCGAUCGCCCGUCUUCGUCGGAUCAUUCCAAACAAGCAGACCCCCACCCACCCACCUAACACUCACUGUUCCCGGGUGUGGAGGCAUGGAUUGGGGAAGCGAGUAAGACGAGAAAGGGGAGAUAAUAAGCACGCUACCGCAUCGGAAAGGAAUUCUGCAAAGACUGCGCCUCACCCAGAGGAAAGCGUGGGUUGAUGCAGAGCCUGGGGAACGGAUGACCAACUGAUGCCUUCGCCGCUUCCUGAGGGCAGUAUGAUGCUGUUUGCUGUGACCCUGGCGGCCUUCAGUGCAGCUGUCUCUGGGUCAGAUCUCCCGUUUGGGACCAGCAAGCCCUCCACGGUGGUCCCCCAUGUUACCGUGGCAACAACAUCCACUGGCAGCACCACGCCCACUGGGCCCAAUGCAGCCAGCGCAGCCCCCGGUGUCGUCACAGCAGGCGAUGACGGGGACGGACCCCCCCUCACCAUCAUGACUCCGGUCCUCGGUGUCGGAUCCGCCCCUGCGCCUCCCCCCACCACUUUUCCCUUCGUCAUGGCGGCCACCGCCCAAGCUCACAACGGCAGUACGGGCAGUGAGAAUGGUACCACUGUGUCACCUGCCCUGACACCAGCACCUGAUACAUCCACCGAAAGCCCCACGGCCACUGAGCCCCCCACAGAGCCCUCCGCUGGGCACAGCAUCGCCCCCAGCACCACCGCACCAGAUGGAUCGGGACAAGAUGACAGGGCGGUCAUCGCAGUGAUGGUGGCCUUGUCUUCCCUACUGGUCAUCAUCUUCAUCAUCAUCGUGCUGUGCAUGCUAAGGUUUAAGAAGUACAAGCAGGCCGGGAGCCAUUCCAACUCAUUCCGGCUAUCCAACGGCAGAGCCGACGACACCGAGAUGCAGACCAUGCCCCUAUUGGCCCGCUCCCCCAGCACAAACAGGAAGUACCCGCCCCUUUCCAUCGACAAGCUGGAGGAGGAGAUGAACCGUCGCAUGGCGGACGACAACAAGCUUUUCCGGGAGGAGUUCAAUGCCUUGCCGGUAUGCCCCAUUCAAGCCACCUGCGACGCGGCAGCCAAGGAGGAGAACAAGGAGAAGAACAGAUACGUCAACAUCCUGCCUUACGAUCACUCCCGAGUUCACCUGUCCCUGCUGGAAGGUGUCCCAGACUCAGACUUCAUCAAUGCCUCCUACAUCAACGGAUAUCAGGAAAAGAACAAGUUCAUCGCUGCUCAGGGACCAAAAGAGGAGACAGUGAAUGACUUCUGGAGGAUGAUUUGGGAGCAGAACACUGCAACCAUCGUCAUGGUGACCAAUCUGAAGGAGAGGAAGGAAUGUAAAUGUGCCCAGUACUGGCCUGACCAGGGCUGCUGGACAUACGGAAGCGUCCGGGUCUCCGUGGAGGACGUGACAGUGCUGGUUGACUACACCAUCCGCAAGUUCUGCAUCCAGCAGGUGGGAGACGUUUCCGGAAAGAAAUCGCAGCGUCCUGUCACUCAGUUCCACUUCACCAGCUGGCCGGAUUUUGGGGUGCCCUUCACUCCCAUCGGCAUGCUGAAGUUCCUGAAAAAGGUGAAGGCCUGCAAUCCUCAGUAUGCUGGGGCCAUCGUGGUCCACUGCAGUGCUGGUGUUGGACGAACUGGGACCUUCAUCGUGAUCGACGCCAUGCUGGACAUGAUGGCAGCCGAGCGGAAAGUGGACGUCUUUGGUUUCGUCACCCGCAUCCGAGCGCAGCGCUGCCAGAUGGUCCAGACCGACAUGCAGUACGUCUUUAUCUUCCAAGCCCUGCUGGAGCACUACCUGUACGGUGACACAGAGCUGGAGGUCACAUCUCUGGAGUCCCACUUGGCCAAGCUGUAUGCCCCUUGCCCCGGCGCGGGCUGUGGGGGCAUGGAAGCUGAAUUUAAGAAGCUCACCUCCGUUAAGAUCCAGAACGACAAGAUGAGGACAGGGAACCUUCCGGCGAACAUGAAGAAGAAUCGAGUCCUGCAGAUCAUCCCAUACGAGUUCAACCGUGUCAUCAUCCCCGUCAAGAGAGGUGACGAGAACACGGACUACAUCAAUGCCUCUUUCAUCGAUGGCUACAGACAGAAGGACGCCUACAUGGCGUGCCAGGGCCCCCUGCAACACACGCUGGAGGACUUCUGGAGGAUGAUCUGGGAGUGGAGGAGCUGUUCUAUCGUAAUGCUAACUGAGCUGGAGGAGAGAGGACAGGAGAAGUGCACGCAGUACUGGCCCACUGAGGGCACCCUGGUUUGUGGGGACAUGGCGAUCGAGCUGAAGCGCGAGGAGGUGUGCGAGAACUACACUGUGAGAGACCUGCUGGUCACCAACAGCAGGGAGAACCGGUCUCGUGCCGUCAGGCAGUUCCACUUCCACGGCUGGCCGGAGGUGGGCAUCCCAGCGGAUGGGAAAGGCAUGAUCAGCAUCAUUGCGGCGGUGCAGAAGCAGCAGCAGCAGUCGGGAAACCACCCCAUCACCGUGCAUUGCAGUGCCGGGGCGGGCAGAACCGGAACCUUCUGUGCUCUAAGCACGGUCCUGGAGAGGGUGAAGGCUGAGGGCAUCCUAGAUGUCUUCCAGACGGUCAAGAGCCUGAGACUGCAGAGGCCGCACAUGGUCCAAACACUGGAGCAGUAUGAGUUCUGUUACAAAGUGGUCCAGGAGUACAUCGAUGCCUUUUCCGACUAUGCCAACUUCAAGUAGGACGCGGAGCUCACAGACGGCCAGGUGGACCCCAUGGACACUGGCUGCACACGACCUCGACGCACCGGCUUACCGCAGGGGGGCGUUUGUCUGGAACAGAGACUGAGCUGUUGGUGUUGGCUUGGGGAGGCAGGUGGAGCUUGUCCGCCUUGGCGAAGCUAUGCUGGUUAGUGUGGACACACUAACCCGCCACGUUUGCUGUACAUAAGGCUGGCUCUGCGUUUCAUGUUUAUUUAGUUUUGGACAGUCUGUGCAGUCAGACUGCAGUUUUACCCAUUCGAGCAUCUGUUUUUACUGUGUCUUGUUCAUUUGUGUGUGUGUGUGUGUGUGUGUGUGUGUGUGUGUGUGUGUGUGUGGGUCACUGAGUGGCUGUGAGAUGGGGUAUUUGUCGUUAAUGUGCCAAAAAUAAGACCAAACGAAGCAAGCUGCCCCUUUUUAAGGGGUUUAUAUCUAUGUUCAGUUGUCCACAGGUAAAAAAAGAAAACACACACAGGAUUCCAUAUGAAUAAGUGAAUCCACUGGACCAGCAACUGUCAGUUUUGCCAACCAUUGUCAUCACCUUAAUAAAUAUGCUCUUUAAUGGAAAUCAUAACUUUUUCCGACACUUUCCAAAAAAUAGGAAAUAAGUCUUUCUUGAAGUGGGAGUUCUGGUGUGGCUCUGCAACCAGUUUACUAACAGCAGCUUGGAUGCUUUUGGACAUGGAAAGGAAGUAGGUAUUGAUAGUCAUUCUUGGGGGGGGGCAUUCAGAUUAGUUUUGUGGCUGACGUAUACCUUUUGGCAGGGUAGCUGUGCUGUUGUGGAAAAAACAAAAGAUUUAUGAGUGUCAGGUUUUUAUGUCAUCAGUUUGGGGUGGGGUGGUGUUUAUCUCCAGGGUUGGACAAUGGAGGGGGGGGGGGGGCAUCUGGACCGAUGUUUUUCAGGCUGCUGUCAGUCCUAAAGGCUGUUCGUGGGGCAUAUUGUCUUUCCUUGUAUAUGCGUGAGAGACUGUGGUAGGUGCAUCGUGGGUUAAAGGCCGUAAUGACUCACAGCCCCACACCUGCCGAAGUCACCACCCAACACACAGUGGCCCUCAGAAGAGGAGCAGCUCAAGGCCACGGCGUGUUCUGCACAUGCAAGGCGUCUCCGCCUCUGUGCAGGCUAAGGCCGCCCAGCCCACGGGGUGCAGAUACUGCGCGCCGGUCUCAUUGCUGCAUUCACAACUGUGUGUUUCUUUGCCCAUGUUACCAUUUCAUUGUUUUAUAUCCUGUGAUAUUGCAAGGGAUCAACAUUAAUCAUAAAAUAAUUGUGUGUUGGGGGGAGGGUUAGGAAAAUGCUAAAAUUCCAUUGUAUGAAUGAAACAUAAUUACUCUUCUGCAUUAGUUUACUGCUCAUAUUUUUUCCAGUAUGUCAGUUUCACAUGAUGUAUGAUCAUAUUCCCUUAUAACCAGUACUAGUCUAGUGUGUUACAAACUCCCAGGUCAAAUGGGCUCUGAUCUUCUGCAUUCCGGAUUGGGCCUGUAAUCGUCAGCCCCAGCAUGUGGCCCAUUCAGACCGGGGCUCUGUAUCUCUCCACACACACAGCACCCAUGUGUAGACCUUUUGUCAUCGUCGCCGUGUGAUGAUGUCACAGAUUCAGUCACCUUGUGUCGUUUUUUCAGUGCGGCUCACGUAAUCACAUGGGAUACGGCGCUAUGGGUCCCAUAGCGACAAGUGAGAAAAAUAUUUGUGAAAAUUUUAUUUAUUUUUUUUUGCCCUCCGUCGUUAUAGAUGUUUACUUAGCUAGCCUAGCUAUACUAGUCAGUGCCGCUCAUGCGUUUUCAGGUCUAAAAGACAAAUCCAAAAUGCUGUAAAACACCAGUACAGUAUGUUCAGAGAAAAGGGUUCAAAAUAACCAGAACGGGCGCUGCACUAUGUGGACAUUUAAUGUUUUGAGUGUUAUUUGUCUAAAACAAAUGAGCAGCUCAGCACAGCUCUGACUCUUGCAUAUUAAGCUUUUUAAAUCAUUAACGUAGCUGUCAUGAUAAGCAAGUUUUAUGCAAGUUCAACGUUAAUUUAAUAGCUUAACACAUUGAGAUUAGUCAGGUGAGUUUUGUCCAUAAAAUGACUUUUAACGUUUUUGUUUGCAUUUAACUUUAGUGUUAAACACUUUAUCUUAAUAAUAUGCACUAUAGUUCAUACCCCCCAGAACUGUACAAUUAAUUUAAGAAUGGAAACAUUAACAUUAACGGUAACUAUGCUGAAUCCUUUGCAGGCUAAUUAUUAGCCUGUUUGUAACAUUGGCACACCAAUGCAGAAGACGAAUUCAGCAUGAGUAAGUUAUUAUUAAGUGUAAUUUGAGUAUUAUACUGCAAACCAUUUAAAAUAUAUAUUGGUUUUAUUAAAAUCAGACAAUACUAAAUAAAGAAGGAAUAAAUAUAUAUAUAAAUAUAUAUACACAGCAGAAGUUUAUACCGACUACUGUGGACCAUAAUCUGAGGGGAUCCAGUUUAUUUUUCAACCUGCUUGCUGCAUGGUGAAAUGAAAAUGUAAUUUUGUUAAAGUGUGCAAAGUUGCAACCCUGUUUGGUUCAACCAUAUACACAUACAUACAUACAUACACACACACCCUGGCCUACCUAGCUCUAUUUAUUUGAGGAUUGAUACUGAUUAAAAAGGGGGAAGACUAAAGAUGAAGUUCGGUACGUACACAGCUCCCUAAGCACCCUGCCAGAAGAGGGGGAAGUACUGAUUGGUUCAUUGAGAGAUGAUGGGGCUUAAUCAGAGUGAUUCCAGUCUGCCACCAUUCCGCUCCAAAUGCAGCUAUUACGCCUCCAGCCUCUUUCAGUGGUCUGUUCCAUUUCUGUCUCUCUCAAGCUUGUUCCGGACACCCCCCGUGUCCACAUCGGGAGUGGUUUCGCCGUGCCGUUUUCGGUGUGGGAUCCGUGGGAGGUGCUGAAGGGCGCCUGCACAAAUCCGAGAGCGUAAGAGUGACGUCUGCAGGGGAGCCGUCAUUGUCGUCCUCUCAGAGGUUGCCCUUCUUUUAUGUGUGUAUAUAAAUUCCUCCAAAAGCUUUAUUUUUUAUUUGCCCUCUUUUUGUUCUUGGUUUUGCAUUUGUUUUUAAUGCAGAAUAUAUAAAGAAUGUCAAUUGGUCUUUCUAAGUGGCAUACUGUCCAUUAUAAAAUUGCAUAAUAAAAGAUUUUAUAACUGC